AUGUUGCCACAACUCACAUCAAUUCUUUUUUGGACACUUGCUGUCUGUUGGCUUGUUCUCGCUAGCCACCAUGCAGCCCCGGUAGGUCUGGUGGUGCGAAGCAAUCCUGGCAAGACAGCUUCCAACACACUGCUAGCCAUCCGACGGUAUCUCUCCAGCGUGAGGCUUGAGGGAAGAGAAACCAAGUUCAGUAACAGUACUUCACUUGACACUGGGUUUGACAAUGCGAUCCUCUUCAAGUAUCUCAACCCUAGUGAGCAAGAGGCUGAGGCUAGUGUCAACGUUACAGCGAGUGCGGGCAUUGAAGUAGUGUGCACCAAGUGCUACAUCAAAGGCAAAGCCAGUGCUCACCUCACGAUCGACGGCACUUUCAACGCAACGAAGGUCGCGACUGACAUUGGAAACGAGUUUGAAGAGACUUUUGACAACAUCACCGCUUACGCAAAGAACUACGUUUCCGGAGUGGUUGAUAACUUGUCUGACGGCCUAGAUGCUAAUGACUUUGAUUUUCCACCAUUGAACAUUACAUUUGACCUCGAUGUGCUUUCGUUCCCUGAGGCGAGCCUAGGCUUUGGGUUUGAAGAUUUGGAGAUUUACAUGCAGCUUGAUACCACCCUGUCAGCUGGCUUGUCGUACACGCUCAACCUCUACACAUCAACUACACCCCUAGGCUCAAAGAUUGGAGACGACUUGCUUCUGGGCGUUGUGUUUUCCAUCGACCUAAUCUUGAGUGUUGAGAGUGAGCUUCAGAUGAGUAGCGGCUUCCACCUUCGGAUGGACGAUGAAGUCGGCUUUGAUAUCGCACUCUUUUCGAAGAAUGUUUCCAGUGUCAACUUCAAGGGUGGUCGAUUCGAAUUCCUCCCCGUCAUCAUUGAGAGCGCCGGCGUAGAGCUCAAGGCCAUCCUCCGCGCAGGCUUCAGUGCCGGCAUUGAGAUCUCGUCUCCUGUCGACAGCAAGGAAAUUGAACUCUUCAACAACACUAUCAAGGUCCCAGGUGCCUCAGCCGGGAUAGAGGUCAGCGUAUUUGCAAAUAUUGCUGAGUUGAGCACCAACGUCACGGCCCUGUCGACUCCAGACGAGAACGGUUGCGUCUUGCGAGCCGUCAACGCGUACCAGUUUGCACUUGGUGCUGCGGCCGGCGCUUCGGUCCAGAUCGGUGACCGCAUCUGGGGUCCGGUACCAAACACCCAGAUUCCACUAUUCUACACCACGCUCGGAGACGCUUGUGCCAGCACGCGUGUUCCGACUACAACAGCGACCAGUGUCUCUGCUAGUGCGACUGAUAAGGAGAAGCGUCAAGAGGAGCUUACCACGACGACGCUGAGUAAGAAGGUGACGUAUACUGGUAUAGAAUGCGUAACUAUUGGCUUGAUCAACUGUCCGCCGCAACUUCAGACUCUGCGAAAGUUUGUCGCCACAGAGACAUUAAUCACGGCCGUCGCAUCAGGGGUUGAAGCUGUCUUCCCGGUGGCAACUAAGGCUGUUGUCCAAGAUGUAGUCAGCUUCGGAUCGAAUGCGCAGUCGUUGAUCUCGAGCAGUGGUGCUCCGAAGGAGUUCACGCCGAGCCCAAGUGCAUCCGCCACCAGCACAAACCCUCCUGGCGUGCUCGAUGGCGAUGUUGGUGGUGUCAAUAAGAAGACAAUUGUCGGUGUCAGCAUCGGUGCCGCAAGCUCCAGCCCCUACUUGAACUUUCGGGGCCCCGAGAGAUUGAGCAACGUUAACAAGGUUGACUACCACAGGUUUUGGCAACGGAAAAAGAGAUGCAGCCCCGUUUCAAGGACGAACGGAGAAGUUACUUAUGUCCAAGACUUCCGACCGUCGGAAUUCCAUGACCCUAUCAAGAACCAAAAGCAACCUCAAGUCGAUGUGGUCAAUGUACAUGCAAAGUGA